CUGAAGAGAUGUUAUAUCAGGAGCUUCCAAAGUUAUAUACACCGGACCCGCUUGUGAUUCUGCUGGUGAUCAGACCUACAAGAUUCACUCUAGAAGAGAAAAGAACUGUUGAGAUGAUUGAAGAGUAUUUGACGGACUGGCUUGUAAAAAACACCUGGAUCAUUUUCACUGGAGGAGAUGAGCUGGAGAGAGAAGGUCUCACCAUAGAGGACUUAAUACAAGAAUCAGAGGAUCUGAAAAAAGUUGUCCAGAAAUUUGACAACAGAUACUUUGUCUUUAAUAAUGUCACACAACAUCCUGAACAUCAUGAAGUGAAAAAACUGAUUAAAGCCAUUAGAAAUGUUCAACCUCUGAGAUCGCCAGAGAUUGACACUUUUCUACAGAGAAAGUCACCAGCGGAGCAUGAAACCAGCACCAAUAAGAGGAGGUUACUUCUUCUGGGCAAGUCCGGCUCUGGAAAGAGUGCAACAGGGAACACCAUACUGAGAGAAAAUCUGUUUAAAUCUGAGCUCAGUUUAAGCUCAGUAACAAAACAGUGCAAAAUACAUACAUCAGGUGUUUUAGGGAGAGAAGUGUCCAUUGUUGAUACUCCUGGAUUUUCAGAUCUAGCUUUAAAACCUGAAGAUUUAGCCAAAGAAAUGGCAAAUAGUGUCGCCCUCUGCAGUCCAGGGCCUCAUGCGUUUCUUUAUGUUGUGUCACUCACAGGACAAAUCAUACAGGAAGAUGAAAAUCACAUUAAAAAUAUUGAAAUAAUUUACGGAGAAGAAGUAGCAAAGUACACAAUCCCUGUAUUCACCCACAGCGAUCAGUUAGAGGGAAAGAGUGUGGAAGAUCUCAUCAGAGAGAAUAAAACUCUUAGCAGUUUUGUUCAGCAGUGUGGAGGAAGAUACCACAUCAUGAACAAUAAAGACAUGAGAAACAGAAAACAGGUGACAGACCUACUGCAGAAGAUUGACACAAUGAUAGAGCAGAACGGAGGAGGACACUUCAGUAAUCAGAUGUAUGAAGAUGCUCACAGAUUCAGACGAGAGGAAGAAAGGAGACAGAGAGAGAAAGAAGAGAGACAUAGAGAUAAUCUACAUACUGAACCUGUGCAGGGAGCAAAGGAAAGCUGGAUUCAGAGAGCAUGGAAGAUUGUGAAAGAAUUUGUGUAUAUGAUAUAUAACAGGCACUUUAUUGCUGCAGCUCAAAAGAUUUGUUCAUUUUCCUGUAGAAUUAAUGGACUUGAAAGCAGGGUGAGACUGACAUGCAUGACAUGAGAUGGGUCUGAUGAAAGGUGUGACUUGAAUAAUGAUCUCAAAGACAAAGGCCAAAUUAAUACUGAAGAAGCUAAGCAACUAAUAAUGUCAGUGAGUUACUUUCUGUCUGUGGCAAUAUUUCAAAAUUGAUGUACAAAAUGUUCAAAGAUUUUCUUACACUUUUAAAAAACUAGAAGCAAAUCUGCCAAUGAUAAUGGGAGAAACUGGCAUUUAAAGUUGACCCUUCAUCCAUAAUCUAAAGAUCAAAAAAUACAAUGCUGAUGUAGAUAUUUAAUUAUAUAUUUACUAAACAUAUUAGAGUGAUUUGUUGCUUUAUCUUGUUUUAGGACUGAAAAAACAAAUCGAGAAAAAAAAAAAAAAAUCUUUGUUUCUUAGUCUCAAUAUUUUCCUUUAAAGCAUUAAGCAGUAUCAUCUGUGCAUCCUCCUAGAAAAUCAAAGACAUUUAUGGUUGAUUAAUUUUAGCUUGAUGUUUAAAUUGUGAUGCAUCAUGGUAUUCAGUCUAGCCAUGCAUUGUAAAAACUUUAUAUAUUCAAAUAACUACAUCUUUCAAGUUGAAAGUAAUUCAUGUUCUAAGUAAAUGCAACUUAACUUAGCCAGUACAAAUAAGAUAGCAAA